AUGACUCUCUUCGCGCUCAUUAACAAUGUAGGCGCUUCUCGAGGCACUCCUCGCACCCCCUUCUUCGAGGGGUGUUCCCCCUCUCCCCUCCUCCCCUCUGUCGCCACUGCUGAUGUUGUCGACCUCCUUGGUGCUGAAAAGGUUGGGGUUGCGUCUGCUUCCAGUGGCAGGCGCCGCAGCGGCAAAGGGAAGGGCAGCAAGGGUGGUGGGGGUUGUGGGGAUGGAGGCGGUGGUGGAGGCUCGGGUGGUGGCGGCGGGGGUGGUGGGAGCGGCGGGGGUGGGGGUGGGGGUGUUGGGGUCGGUGGUGGCGGCGGCAGUGGGGGUGGCAGCGGCGGAGGUGUCGGCGGUGGGAGUGGCAGCGGAGUCGGUGGCGGUGGUCGCAGUGGUGCGGCCCAGCGCGGCAGUUCUGGAGGCAGCCAGGCACAGCAGCAGCAGCGCCAGCGCCUGCCCCGUACGCCGCAGGACCUUCGUGAGUGGUACGCGCAGCGUCAGUCGCCUGGGGGUGGUGGUACCUGCCCGUAUGUCAUUCGUACAGGUGAGCGUGCUGGUCAGACCUGCGGGAGGUUGCACACCCAGCACCGCUGCUUUUCCCGCCUUAGUGACGCCUGGCGUGCUCAGUUUCCUGACUGCUCUGAGAUGCACAACUGGGCUGAGCUGCUUAGGAGGGGAGUAGAGAUCUUUGAUCUUGACUAUGAUGCUAUCCUUACUGCCAUGUAUGCAUUGACUGUUAGUGCUGAGGGUGACUGUUACCUGUGUGUUCCGCCAGACCCUGGUAUAGAGGCUGCUGCUCCAGGUGCUUGUGAGUCUGUUGCCCUGGGUGCUUGCGAGUCUGCUGCUCUAGGUGCUAGUGAGUCUGCUCUCUCAGGUACUGCGCCUGCUGAGGCCUUGUACACCUUCACGCUUGACUCAGGUGCCUCCCGCUGCUUCUUCCGCGACAGCACCACAGUCACACCGCUCUCUGCACCGGAUGAGUGGGUUGACACCUUCACCCCUGGAGGACGUCGUGUGGCGAUCUGCACGUGUGCCCGCACGGGCCGCCACCUGGCCACGUUCACCCGUCGGCCUGGGUCGAGUCUGUACACCCUGACUGUCGGGUCUCCCCAGGUUGCUGCUACUGGUCAGGUGUCCUUGUCCGGACCGGAGUCUGCCCCUUGCUUGUGUCGUCGCCUGUCGCACCAGACUCUCCUCUGGCACCACCGCCUCGGUCACCCCUCUCUGCCGCGCCUCCGUGGCAUGCACUCCCGUCUGCUUGUCUCUGGUCUUCCCCAGUCGCUGCCGUCGCUCCCACGCUCGCCUGCCCCGCCGUGUCUUCCUUGCGUCGAGGGGCAGCAGCGCGCCGCUCCUCACUCCUCCUCGUUUCCCCCGACAACUGCUCCCCUGCAGACUCUCCACAUGGACGUGUGGGGCCCAGCCCACGUCCGUGGACAGGGCCACGAGCGGUACUUUCUGCUGGUUGUUGACCGCUACUCGCGCUACACCACGGUCUUCCCCUUGCGCAGCAAGGGUGAAGUCCCUGCUGUCUUGAUCCCUUGGAUCCGCGCUGUCCGUCUCCAGCUCCGCGACCGUUUCCAGACGGACUUUCCCGUCCUACGUCUGCACUCUGACAGAGGUGGUGAAUUUUCCUCCGACCUCUUGCGGGGCUUUUGUCAGGGGGAGGGCAUCCUCCAAUCGUUCACGCUUCCGGCCUCUCCACAGCAGAAUGGGGUUGCUGAGCGCCACAUUGGCCUAGUCAUGGAGAUCGCUCGCACCUCCAUGAUCCAUGCGGCUGCUCCCCACUUUCUGUGGUCGUUGCGGUCCGGUACGCUGCGCAUCAGCUCAACCUCUGGCCCCCUCUCCGCUCGCGCCAUUCCCUGCGUCUUCCUUGGCUUCCCUACUGACGCGCCUGGCUGGCAGUUUUACCACCCCACCUCGCGUCGUGUUCUGUCCUCUCAGGACGUCACGUUUGACGAGUCGGUUCCCUUUUACCGUCUCUUCCCCUACUGCACUGCCACUCUCCCCCCCCCCCCCCCGCUCUUCCUCGCUCCAGGUCCGCCCCCGGUAGACCCCCUCCCCCCUCAGGGUCCUGCUCCCUCAGGUGUGUCCCAGGUAGACCCCCUUCCCCUGGUUGAGCCUGUCGAGGUCACUGGUGACUCUGGUGCUGCUAGAGGAGGUACUGCUAGGGGUCCUAAGUCUGGGGGUGCUGAGCCUGCGGGUGCGGGGCCUGAGGGUGCUGAGCCUGCGAGUGCGGAGCCUGGGGGUGCUGAGCCUGAGCGCGUGGAGCCUGGGGGUGCUGAGCCUGAGCGUGAGGAGCCUGGAGGUGCUGAGCCUGGGGGUGCUGAGCCUGAGCGCGUGGAGCCUGGGGGUGCUGAGCCUGGGAGUGCUGGGCCUGAGUGCGUGGAGCCUGGGGGUGCUGUGCCUGAGCGCGUGGAGCCUGGGGGUGCUGAGCCUGAGCACUGA